CGUAAAGCGUCACGCCGCUCCAACAGGGAAGUGAUCGUCAUCGUAAAGAGCUGUGAGUUGGAAGGUGUACGAAAUGUGAGGAAACGCUCGUAGCUUUGACAGAAGAACAACUCGUGCUUCAGCAGUUUGAAUGAAAGACGCUGUUUUCUCUGACGGUCGUGUGAAACCUGCGAAUCAUGUCGUGGAUAAAAGAAGGUGAAUUAAAUCUGAUAGAGAAGAUUUCCGCCAACAUCUUAAAGGCAGGACCGAUGCCUAAACAUGUGGCCUUCAUCAUGGAUGGGAACCGACGCUUCGCACGCAAGAAAAACCUGGAACGCCAAGAAGGCCACACGCAAGGAUUCAACAAGCUGGCAGAGACGCUGCGUUGGUGCAAACAUCUCAACAUCCCAGAGGUGACGGUGUACGCCUUCAGCAUCGAGAACUUCAAGCGCACUAAAGAGGAGGUGGACGGUCUGAUGGAGCUGGCCAAACAGAAGUUUAGGAAGUUGUUGGAAGAACGGGAGAAUCUAGAGAAGCAUGGUGUUUGUAUCCGUGUUCUGGGAGACUUGAAUAUGCUGCCCCUGGACCUGCAGCAGCUCAUUGCCAAAGCCGUGGUGACCACCAAGAAUCACAAUAAGUGUUUUCUAAACGUGUGCUUUGCCUACACGUCGCGGUACGAGAUCACGAACGCAGUGAGGGAAAUGGCUUGGGGGGUGGAGCAGGGUCUGAUCAAAGCAAGCGACGUUUCAGAGACGCUGCUGAGCGAGUGCCUCUACAGCAACAGCUCUCCCAAUCCUGAUCUGCUCAUCCGGACCUCGGGGGAGGUGCGCCUCAGUGACUUCCUCCUUUGGCAGACGUCUCACUCCUGCCUGGUGUUCCAGUCGGUCCUGUGGCCCGAGUACUCCUUCUGGAAUCUGUGCGAGGCGAUUGUCCAGUACCAGUUAAAUCACAAAUCCAUCCAGAAGGCCAGGGACCUGCAUCGAGAGGAGCAGGCUUUAGAGCAGCUCGAGGCCGACCGGGCCUGUGUGGCGGAGCACCUGCAGCGUCAGAGCAACAACGGAAAGCCGGCCGAUGCCCAGAAGAGACGAGAGGCGCUGCAGCGCCACAUCGCUUGUCGGGAAGCACGAGUUCAGGACUUCCUACGAGCACUGAAACACAAAAGAAACUCUUUCUUUCAUGACCUGUGCAGCGAAACGGUCUUGAACUAGGAAAGCACUAAAAGACUAAUCUUCUGAAAUCAGAAUAAAAACCUCUCCAGUCCUCUGUUCUAAAGGGCUUCUGUGGAAACCAGGAAGAGUCAGUCACUGCCGUGGCUCCGUUUUGUUGCUGACAUAUAUAAGAAGAGAGGGCGACGUUACCCCUAUGGGGCUGUAGAAAAAAUGUGAUAUUUAUGAUUGUAGAUUUACAAAGUCUAAUAUGUGGAAAUUCCUGGUCAAGAUGCAGUUAAAUAGUUGUGUACAUUGUCCGUCACAUGCAUGCUGUUGAUCGAAAGAUUGAAGUCUGUGAGCACCAAACAAAAAAAACGCACUUCCUGUGUUCAUGAUUUGUUUCUGACGCGUUUAUUCACAGAACUCAGUUCUGGUUGUUUAAUUAUGUUGCUGAAAGUGUUGAGUGUGAUUUUUGAAAAUAACUAUAUUUUGACCAGCUUUUUCAACUAGAAUAAAUGAAAAAGAGUCAAUCAAA